GGGGCAUCAUUCAAUACGGAGAUCCUUGUGUUCUUGUGGUACACGGUGACAGUGCAAACCUUGGCCUUCCCCCAGCCAUGUGGGAUAUCUUUAUCUCUUUUUACAUUUAGGUUGCGCUAUCAGUUUUUGCAUCACCUAACUUGAUGACAUUGGGGUUUACUUCUGCCCCUGAAGACAUGUAACGCAAUGUAAAGAUGGCCAAACGACUGAUCAUAACAGCAGACGACAUGGGUUACAAUGUUGAACGUAAUCGCGGAAUCAUCGAGUGUUUUCAAAGAGGAGCUAUUACUAACUCAUCGUUGAUGGUGAAUGGAAUAGCAGCUGCCGAUGCUGCUCAUCUGGCUCUAAAAUAUGGCCUGCCGACGGGAUUACAUCUAAAUAUAACUGAAGGCAUUCCGGUAAAUACUGGUUCCCCUUAUGAGACUCUUACCAAUGAGAAUGGUCAUUUUCUUGGUAUGCAUGGUCUACCAGCAGCCGUACAAAAAAGUGUGAUCAACAUUGCUGAGGUAAGAGAGGAGAUGAAUGCCCAGAUCAAGAGAUAUGAGGAGUUGAUUGGCAGCAAACCAGUGUAUGUCGAUGGUCACCAGCAUGCUCAUAUCAUUCCAGGUUUAUCAGAAGUUUUUGCUGAAGUUCUGGAAGAGCAUCAUAUUCAAGCAACUCGGGUUCCUUAUGAGAAAAACUUGAAGGAAGUCUCAUGGCUUGGAGAACCAUGGGAAAAGAUUCUCUUCACAUUUAGUGAUGAUGCUGCAAGAGCGAGGCCAAUAUUUAAAGCUCACAACAUUUGGGAAUCAGACCUGUUCUUUGGACUUGCAACAAUGGGAUGCAAUAUGAGCAUUGAGCGGCUUCAGACAGGUAUUACAAGGGCUUUUGACUCUGUACCUAACUUAAUUAACCAGACUGUCACAUGUGAGCUGAUGAGUCAUCCAGGCUUUGCAUGCCAAGGGGAUGGAGGUUGUGGAGAAGGCCCAGAUGACUUUUCGCAGUCAUCUGACCGAGAAUAUGAGAAAUCUGUCCUGGAGAGUGAGGAUAUGGCACAAUUUUACAAGAAGAAUGGAAUUAUGCUGAUGUCUUACCACCAGUGUCUGGAGUCCUUAAAAUAAAGAGGUACUUAAAACAUCUUCAAGAGUGUAGUUUCACAUAGUAAAAGGGUUAAAUGUCGUUAAAUUUAAAGGCCAAACUUUUAGCUUAGGGCAGGUAAGAAUGAUUUUGACCAGAGGAAGGGAAAUGAGAAACACAUGUAGAGCCGGCUGAAGUACAAGCCUUGUUUUCAAUCUGGUGC